CAUAGCAGUGCUGCGUAGUGUUGCAUGGAUGCAACUCUGCUGCCCAUGCACAUGUGUAUGUUUUUAUAGAUUAGGCGUGUUUCUGUUCUGUUGUAGAACAUGUAGUGGCAAUGGAUGGUAGGACAAGCACAAAACGCAGUGGAAAGAAAAGAGUGGUGACUGACCGACUGAAGAAGAGCCAAAGGAAACCCAAAAAGCUCUCCGUCAAACCACGAUCCACGAAUUCUUCCCGUCGAAGUGGACUGGUGUCAGAUCCGUCAAGUCCAGAUGUCUGCGACUCUGAUAUCCUGCAUGAAGGUGUAGACUCUGACUCUUCAACACAAAGAAACAAAAAGCAAAAACCACCAAGGUUAAAACAGAGCAACAAAAGGUCAAAGAAAAAGUCGCCAGCUGGUCUUUCGGCAGGGUCUCAAACUCGUCUUCCUAGUGCAAUCCACAGCGGGGCCCUGGUCAGUAUGAUAUCUAAUUCCCACCAAGACAUCAGCUCAGAUGAACAGAAUAUUACAGGCAACAGAAAUGAUAUAGACUUUCUGGCACAGUCAGUGUCAAGUGCCUCUUUAUCAGUAAGCCGUAGCAGUAGUCGUUCAAAUUCAAAUAAACGCGAACACUCACCUCCGAAAAAUGAGUUGGAGGCACUGAUGCUCAGGCAGGAUUUCAAUGAAAGCAUAAGAUGGGAUUAUCAAUUAAAUGACCCAGAACUUGAAGAAGAAAGAAUGAAGUAUUAUAAAAUAAACAGGAGGAAAAGAUAUCUCAAGGCUGCUCAGGCCCAGGGAGUGAGGCUGUCCUGUUCGAGUAGUGCUAAUUGUAGCGUCGUUGGAUCAGCAAAAGAGAGGACAGAUGUUGCUCCUAAUAACAAUCUGAUACCUGACCUGAUCAAGACAGGUCUGCCAAACAUAGGUGCUAAGAACAGAUAUUCUGAACUGCUGGUGAACUACUAGAUAAUUUCUUAAAUUCUAUACCAAGUGUAUCAAGGAUGUUCCAGAGAGGUACCAGUAGGGGCACGUUCUUUGGGGGGGGGGGGGUCAUUUUAUUCUACCUACUAUCUGUAAUUCUUUUUAAGUAUUGAAAUCGUUAUGUAUGUAUGACUCUUUUUCAGGACUUAUUUGACAUGCUCAUGUUACCCUCCACCAGUGCAAGUUGAACUUUCGUGAACUUUGUUGAUUUAUCCAAAGUUUAAGUGUCAGUAACACAUCAUAAUGCCUUUUGAAAGGAAACUGUGAUUGCUUAACAUUUUGAUACGUUUUCUACCUCAGUCAGUUAGGUUUUUCAAAUCUCAAUUUUUUCACUAUGAUCAAAAGCUCACCUCACACAUGUACGCAUUAAGGUUGCAGUCUGUAGUCACUCGUGCCAGUUAGGAUACUGCUUACUUUUUCUAAAUGACUGUUAGUUAUCAUUUUGGAGUUAAAUUAAAUUGAUAUAUCUCAUUGUUGAUGUCUUCACUGUAACUCUGCCCCCCCCCCCCCUUCACCUCUUUUGAAUACUAAGUAAUUUUAUGUUAAUGAACUCAAUAAUUAAGCUAUUAGUUUAGGUACCAAUCAUACAUUCAUUAAAUUCAUAUUUUAAAAGUAAUUUAAAACAAAUGAUAAGGAAAUUUUGAAUUUCAAAGUAGAAUUCGUAAACCAUUUUAAAUGCUCAAUAAUGCCAUAUUUGUAUGUGAAUUUGUGUGCAGAGUGCAAAGGUUGAUAUGACAAAUGUUUGAUGAGAUACACUUCUUGCCAUUAUAUUUUUAUAA